AUGGCCAGUCUAAACGAUUUGAGUGCGCGGUUUUACUCCUACAACAAGAUGUACAGUUAUGAUAUGCGACUCCAGAGCUUUGCCGAUUGGCCUUUUCGUGAGGAAUGUCAAUGCACACCUGAAAUGAUGGCGACGGCAGGGUUUGUCCACUGCCCCAGUGUGAACGAGCCUGAUGUGGCCUGCUGCUUCUUCUGUCUCAGAGAGCUGGAGGGCUGGGAGCCUGAGGACAACCCCUGGUCUGAGCAUAUCAAACGAUCUCCUAAUUGUGGCUUCCUGGCCAUGAAGAAAGACUUUGGGGAGCUGACUGUGGCUGAGUUCUAUCACCUGGAGCAGGAGAGACUGCGUAUCUACAUUAGGAAGACUAUCCACUUGAAGAUCGCCAAUUUUCGAGAUGAGGUGGAGAGAACAGUUAAUUACAUGAGGAUGCUGUUUGAUUCGGGAUCUGUAAUGUAG